CGGAACCUUAGCUAUAGAAUUUUGUUUCCACCCGUCUUACUAUGAAGACGGAUGAAAAACAGUUCCGGCCCGAAGGUUACGGUACACACAUGUGAGAGCUGGAGAAUAUUGCCUGUGAGUAGGACCAGAUUACAGCAGUUUACCUUCAGUGUACAAGAUGGACGGGAAAGUCAAGGAACAGAAGCGACAUCAGCAAAAGCACAGUGGGCCGAAGGCAGAGAAGAAGAAGCGCAGGAAGCAGGGAGGCUCCACGGAGGAGGAUGAACGGAAACGUAAUCCCAAAGCGUUUGCAGUUCAGUCUGCUGUACGCAUGGCCAAGACCUUCCACAGGGCCCAGGACAUAAAAACCAAAAAACAUCACAUCCCCCUUGUAGACCGGACUCCUCUGGAACCCCCUCCAGUUGUAAUUGUUGUAGUUGGACCCCCCAAGGUGGGAAAAAGCACCCUUAUCCGCUGCCUGAUCAAAAACUUCACUCGGCAGAAGCUUGGGGACAUAUGUGGACCUGUAACCAUUGUCUCCGGCAAGAAGCGUCGCCUGACGUUCAUGGAGUGUAACAAUGACAUUAAUACAAUGAUCGACCUCGCCAAAGUAGCUGACCUGGUUUUAAUGUUGAUUGAUGCCAGCUUUGGCUUCGAGAUGGAGACUUUUGAGUUUCUCAACAUCUGCCAGGUACACGGCUUCCCUCGUAUCAUGGGUGUGCUGACUCACCUGGAUUCUUUCAAGAACAACAAGACACUGAGGAAGACUAAGAAAAACCUUAAACAUCGCUUCUGGACUGAAGUCUACCAGGGAGCCAAGCUGUUCUAUCUGUCUGGUAUGGUGUACGGUGAAUAUCAGACUCAGGAAGUGAAAAACCUCGGCCGCUUCAUCUCUGUCAUGAAGUUUCGUCCUCUGGUGUGGCAGACCUCCCACCCUUAUGUUCUGGUUGACCGCAUGGAGGACUUGACUGACCCUGAGAAGGUGAGGACAGACCCCAAGUGUGACCGGACAGUGUCACUCUAUGGCUACCUGCGGGGGACAUAUUUGAAAAACAAAGGCCAGGUCCAUAUCGCAGGUGUAGGAGACUUUCAGGUGGCAGACGUGAACUUCUUGCCAGACCCGUGUUCACUGCCAGAUGCUCAGAAGAAGAGAGCGCUGAAUGAGAAGGAACGUCUGCUCUACGCGCCCAUGGCCGGGGUCGGUGGGGUGGUGUACGACAAAGAUGCCGUGUACAUCGAUCUUCCUGCUAACCAUGUCAACCAACAGCAGGAAGAUGUGCGGCCCACCACAGAGCUGGUGCAGUCUCUCAUUGACACACACGCCACGCUUGAUGCCAAGAUGGCUGCCAGUAAGAUGUCUCUGUUCAGCGGCUCUGCCACCCUGGACCCGACAGACAUCGACGAUCAAAGCGGAAAGAAACAUGGUGUCCAGGAGGAGCAUGUCUGGGACCCUAACACUCAGAGAAAGAGGAGGAAGGUGGUCUUCACUGAGAAAGGAGAGGACGACAACGAUGUCAGCAGUUCCAGUGAUGAUGAGGAUGGUGACAGUGAAGACAGUGACCAAGAGGAGCAUGAAGAGGACGAAGACGAGGAUGACGUGUCCACUUUCCUCAAAGAGACAAGAGCCAAAUCUGAUAAGGCAGACGGGAAUGUAAAAGACGGCACUCCACCAGUGAAGAGGCAGAAGCGAGAGGAGAAGGAAGAGAGCAUGGAGAUGCCAGCGUUUGCUGACAGUGAAGACGAGCUGGAGAAGAGCGAGGAGGAGAGUGAAGAAGAAAGGGAAGCUGGGAGAGGAGGAGACUCUGGACAUUGUUCUGAUGAAGAUGAUGAUGAUGAAGAAUCAGAAGAUGAAGAGGAGGUUGAUGCAGCAGAUGAUACGGUGAAGAAAACAUCAGCGAGUGAGAGUGAGGAGGAAGAGGAGCAGGGGGCUCUGAGGUGGAAGGAGGGUCUGCAGCAGAAAGCAUCAGAGGCGUUUCUACGGCAACAAGAAGCUGCCCCCAAUCUGAGAAAACUGGUUUAUGGUUCAGUUGCAGAAGUGAAUGGUUCUGAGGAUGACGAGGAAGAGGAGCUGGGUGGGCUCUUUCGAGUCAGUCGGCCACAGAACAGAAAAAAAUGCCAAGCAAACGCUCUUGACUGCUCCCGUUUCAAACCUGACACCUCCCACAACUGGGACUUAGAAGAGAUGCUGAACUCCAUUAGAGACUGCUUCGUAACAGGGAAGUGGGACGAGGGCCAAGAUGCUGCUACGCUGCUAAAGGAGGAUGAGGAGCUGUAUGGGGACUUCGAGGAUUUGGAAACAGGAGAAGUUCACAAGGGACAAACUGAGCAGCAGGACUCAGAUGAGCAGUAUAGUGACGAUGUUGAAGAUGAAGCUGAAGAGAGUGUGAAGGUCGAUGAUGAGGAGGUCCAGAAGAACAAGCGCCUGGAGAAGAAACGCAGGCUGAAGGAGCGAUUCAAUGCGGAGUAUGAUGAUGGAGAUGCCACUUACUUUGACGACCUGAAGGAGGAGAUGCAGAAGCAGGCUGAGCUGAACAGAGCAGAGUUUGAAGAUGUGGAUGAUGAGACCAGAGUGCAGUAUGAAGGCUUCCGACCAGGAAUGUACAUCCGAUUAGAAAUCUCCUCUCUGCCCUGUGAGUUUGUCACCAACUUCGAUCCCCAUUAUCCCAUCAUCAUUGGAGGUCUGGGCUCCAGUGAGGGCAAUGUGGGAUACCUGCAGAUGCGACUAAAGAAACACCGCUGGCAUGACCGCAUCCUGAAAACACGGGACCCCCUCAUCCUGUCGUUAGGCUGGAGGCGCUUCCAGACCAUCCCCCUCUACCACAUUGAGGAUCACAAUGGACGCCACCGCCUGCUCAAAUACACACCGCAGCACAUGCACUGCGGAGCCACCAUCUGGGGUCCUGUCACCCCACAGGGUACCGGCUUUUUGGCUGUGCAGUCAGUAGCAGGAACUAAGGCUAAUUUCCGCAUCGCAGCCACAGGAGUCAUUCUGGACCUGGAUAAGUCUGUUACUAUAGUGAAGAAGCUCAAACUCAUUGGUUACCCCUACAAGAUUUUUAAGAACACCUGCUUCAUUAAGGGCAUGUUCAACACAGUGUUGGAGGUAGCUAAAUUUGAAGGUGCUUCUGUACGAACAGUAUCAGGGGUCAGAGGUCAAAUCAAGAAGGCACUGUCAACGCCACCAGGAGCUUACAGAGCGACGUUUGAGGACCGCCUGCUUAUGAGUGAUAUCGUGUUCCUGCGCUCCUGGUAUCCAGUGUCUAUUCCCCAGCUCUACAACCCUGUCACCUCUUUGCUGCUACCUGUUGGUCAGAAGGACGGUUGGACGGGCAUGAGGACCGUGGGGCAGCUCAAACACGACCUCGGCAUCCGCAACAAACCCAACACAGACUCUCUGUACAAGCCGGUGGCCCGAAACAAAAGGCACUUCAACCCUCUCCACAUCCCUAAGGAGCUGCAGAAGGCCCUUCCCUUCAAGAGCAAACCCAAACAGCAACAACCUAAAGGAAAGACACCCAAAGAUCUCCAGAGGCCCAGCGUGAUCAGAGAACCCCAUGAAAGGAAGGUGGCGGCCCUGCUCCAUGCUCUGAGCACUGUCCACAACCACAAGAGGAAGAAAGUCCACAUGUUGCAGCAUGCCAAACACAAGGAAUUCCUGCAGCAGAAGGAGAAACAGGAGGAGGCAAAGCUCAAGAGACAGAAGGAGGCACGUAAAAAACUGUACCGCGUCAUGGGCCAGAUGGACCAGAAGAAGCAGAGGUCCAGUCUAAAGGGGGCAUCCCAGGACGACUAACUGAAUAUGUCCGUACUUGUGAAGCAAAUCUUUGCAGACUGUGACUAAGAUGCCUGGUCUGCACUUUGUGCAGUCAGCAGGUGUUUCAUAACUUUGGCAGGUUCAUUUUGAUGGUGUUUUGUAGAUGUACUGAAAUUGAAAAUCUGUUGCAAAGGACAUGUUAUCUAACUUUUGAAACUUUGUUUAAUAAAACAAUAAUCACCUAAAA